UUGGCAUCCCAUUCGAGUGCGUCGUCCGCGUGACCAACAAUCGCACAAAAUAUAUUAUAAUAAUAAAUAAUAAUUAUUAUUAUUAUCAUCAUUAUUAUUGUAACCAUUAAUUUAUAAUAUUAUCAUCGUUAUUACAUAGAGCCACGCGAGUGUUACGCAUGCACGCAUGCGAGUACAAUUUUAGAUAUUAAAUACCUAGUAAAAUAUUUUAUUCCCGCGUAGUAAACCAAAAUACGAUAUUAAUUUGUAUUGUUUUUUUUUUUUUUUUUUGUCAAUUUAAUUUUACACUCAACUAUGAUUUUUGGGUACUCGUGGAUUUUCAUCUGUACGUUGAUUGCGUAUUCCUGUGGAGAUAUCAAUAACACGCAAACGCUUUGUAAAAACAGUUUAGACUUUUGUAUGCAAAACGUGUCAGUUUUUUUGGAACGCAAUAAUCCGGUCGGUAUUCCAAAAUCGAAGGCUGAUGUGGAUAUCGUUUGCAAAGGAUUCAAAAUGGGAAUGAAGUGCUUUGAUGAUUUUUCAAAUCUAUGUCUAACAUUAGAUGAAAAGAAUAUGGUCAACGACAACGUAAUUGGAGCCAAAUAUACGUUCAAAUUUUUAUGCGAUGAUGAAACAUUUCAAAAAGACUUUCUGAAGUAUACAGACUGUUACCGGGUGAUUAACUCAGACUGGGACUUAUGCACUGAAAAAUUCAUGUCAUUGGUACGCGAAGAGAUGAAAGGCAACCAGUCAGAAGAUGCUAAGGUGCUGAAUAUGUGUUGCGCAAAACAUGGUUUUCUAAAUUGUGUAUAUACUACAAGUAAAAUGAAGUGUGGGAUGGAAGAAGCUAAUUUUUUAAGAAAAAUCGCCGAUACAUUAUCUGAAAACAAAUUUGUGUCAUCAGCGUGUCAACAUAUUAAAUUGGGACACUGCAACACAGCUCAACAAACAGCGUACAGUGUAUUCACAAUAAUAUUUCAUAUAUUUAUAGUUAUAUGGCAUAAUAAAAUAUAAUGCAAAAAUAUCUU